UUCUUUGUACUUUCAAGCUUUCCUAAAAAAAUGUCCAAAAAGCGAUCCAUGAUGCGCAAGGAGCAAUCCGAGCGAGAUAGAUAUAAACAUUUGUGCACUUGUUCUUACUACAGCCAGGUGGCUGCAUUCCACCUGGGCUUGGAUUCUGCCCAACGUCAAGGAAUGCAAGGCUAUUUUAUUAGAAUACCACUGGAGCUGAUAGACUUGACGGCAGCUUUUAUUGCCAGUAUGCUUGACGGUGAAGAUAUAUUGUUGUUUCCCUAUCCGAGUUCGGAAUCGUUUCGUGCCAACGUGAAUUUCAUCCAAAAAACACUUUUGAAAGCUCAAAUUUCAUGGUCAUCCCUUAUCGCUUGUCUUUGGUAUCUCGAUCGAUUGCCGAGAAAAAGAAGAGAUCAACAACGACGAAGAAAAUCAUGGAGUUCCAAAGAUCUGUUUAUCGCUAGCAUUGUGGUCGCUGACAAAUAUCUUGCGGACAUCACCUGGACCAAUGCGGAUUGGGUCGAAAAUACCAAUUACGUCUACAGUCUUGACAGAAUCAAUCAAUUGGAGCGUCAACUUCUUCAAGAACUGGAUCAUCGCUUAUUUAUUACUGAAGAAGAGUACCGCCAAUUUUGUCACUACCUGGAAUUUCGGCUACAUUUACCGCACAUUAUGGGAGAUGCCAUCAUGCUACGCUCACUGACCUACAAAGAUAUUCACGUGCUCAGUCAAGCAUUGCCAGCAGCGUACGUUGGUCGUCUGCAUCUUUCUCUGCGUCCUUAUGAGGCGAUUGCUCUUUUAGCCAAGACGGUCUUCUCAAUCAGUGUGGUUUACAGUGCAGCAAUGGUGAUUAUGGUAUUAGCCGGAUAUUUGAUGCAUCAAUAUGCAGAGUAUAUCAGAGAAGCGGCCCGGUUACUGUUGACUGAACAUCACUUGAAGGAGCAUUGCCUUACCCUGGUAUUGAAUCAAGUUGAUUUCCACAUGGUCCCUCAAAAACUGGCUCAACUGAUGAAUGCAACAGCCAUUGAGUCUAUAAAACGGUACGAUCGAACGCCCACUUCCGCUUACCUAUUCGUGGAUCAAUGAAAGCCGGCCAUAUUGCUUUCUCUUUGUGAUUUUCUCAAUAUGCAAUUUAGUUUCCAUGUAAUAAAUAGGUUCUUUGUCCUAUAUUCCAAGCUGUCGCCAUUCGGUUCCCGCAAGGGGUCAAGGGUAUUCACUGUUUUCUUUGUUUCUGUGCAGUUUUUGCAGAAAGCUUAUUUAGAAUUCAAACUCAGAGACAACUUCUGCAAAGAAACGAGUGGAAAAAAAAAAAAAAAACUUGGUCACAUUUGUCUAGAAAAAUUGCC